GGACUGUUUGUUCAGCUGUCUGUGGUGUUUGUUCGAGCUCGUGGUUAUAAGAGUAUGGGGCUCUGGACGGUCAGAGUGUGUUAGUAUCUUAGUACACAUGUAGCGACAAUGAAGACAAUAGUCGUUUGCGCUAUAUUUGUUUUGGAGCUAGUCUCCUCUUUCCCAUUCCCGGAGCCCGCGUACUAUGAGACGUAUGAGCCCCAAGAGGUACAAAUACCAGCUCUAGCACACUCUCCCGACCUCUACCAGCAGCAGCUCUACAUAGAGCAGCAAGAUAAGAUCCGCAGGCAGAACUAUGAGAACUUGUUGAGGAACCAGGACCUGAACCAAAGAUUGGCAAACCAAAUCCUGACGCGGCCGAACUACAAUAUUCAACCUGUGUUGAACACCGUACGCGAGCCGUACCUCAACUCGAUUCCUCUACAGCGCGCUCAGUAUGAGGCGCCCUUAACGCAGCAAUACUACCCAGUGCAGCGUCAACAAUCUAUUAGGCAAUACCAGCCAGUGCAGCAGGAGUACCAAGUCGCGACGGAGGCUCACGCCCAGGCUCAGGCGCAGGUCGGGAACUCGCAGGGCGCGAGUCAGCCGGCUACCAACCCGUACCAUUAUUCGCCUCAAAAACUGGCCUACCACCCGAGGAUCCAGCAAGUUCUCGCCUCCACACCGCUAAAGAAACGCUACUUAGUUAUCCACCCCAACGGAAACAUCGAGCACAUGGACAAAAUCGAACACAUUGUCGAACAACACCCUAACUACAUCCUAGUGAACGCUGGCAGCGUUACUCCGCCGACUAAGACUGCUAAACCAGCUCAGAAUCUAGUGGUACAAGCACCAGUGGCCCCACAAGCCCCAGGGGCCCCACAAACCCCAAUGGUCCCACAAGCCCCAGGGGCCCCACAAACCCCACUGGCCCCAAAAGCCCCAGUGGCCCCAGCGGCUCCACAAGCCCCAGUGGCCCCACAAACCCCAGUGGCCCCACUUGCCCCAGUGCCACCAAGUCCACCAGUACAAAAAACCCCAUUGACACCAGUAACUCCAAUUUCAAAAACCCCUGCAGCACCAAAUGGCCCAACAGCAUCAAAUGGACCAGUUGUACCAACGGCGCCGAAUACCCCACCAAAGACGCCGGUGGUCCCAUCGCCAGCAGCAGCCCCUGUGGCACAAGCACCUAAUGCACCAAAUACCCCAGUUGCUUCAGCACCAAAUGGCCCAGUUGCUUCAGCACCAAAUGCCCCAGUUGCUUCAGCACCAAAUGCCCCAGUUGCUUCAGCAUCAAAUGCCCCAGUAGCUCCUUCCACUACAGUACAGAAGACCCCAGUCGCUCACGCCACUGCUCAAUCAAACACUGUCCCUGCACCACCAGCCUCAGUGCCAGUUAACCUAGCACCAACCCCGGUUAACCCAGCGCCAGUUAGCCCAGGACUAACCCCAGUCAAACCAGCGCCUAAACUGGGACCAGUCGAUCCCGCACCAGCACCAAAUUCUCCAAUAGCUGGACCUAAUGACCCUGCUUCACCCUCAAAACCGACCUCUAUUCAAACUGGCAAAGUCCCUGGUCCAAAACCGACUAUUCAACCAACCGGACCAGCCCAACCACCUGUACUUUUAAACAGCACUGUUCCAUCACCAAACAAACCUCUUCCACCACCUGUAAUUCAAAACGGUACCGUCCCUGGACCUAAACCUACAGUUCUACCUCCAACCGGCCCGACCACAGAGAAGCCAGCAGUUUCCGCACCCACAGCGCAACCACCAGUGUCAGUAACAGCUACUGCUGUUUACCCUGCAACCACUCCUUUAGCUGUGACUACUGAACCAACCCCAACGACCCCAACACCACCUGAGACAGAAGCCACCACCCCUUCACCAGUGACAGCGACUGCCACAGCCAACGCUACUGCUGAAGUGACUAAGCCGGUACCCUCGACUACUGAAGAUUCAAACCAACCUUGCCCCAGCAAAGUGGUUCCAUACAUCGAGCCGAAGAAUACGAAGACCGAUGUCGACAUUCUCCAAGUGAAUGGCGCCAAACCCGUCGUCUGGUUCAGAACUGACGACGUGAACUUCUGGAAGAAGCUAUCGAGCGGGAACGAAAAGUUUGAUGUGAUGUACUUCUUCAACGUGCCGCGCGAGCCGAGGGUCACCAAGGAAACGAAGACCACCAUACAUGCCGACGGCACGGUCGUGGAGGAACUCACUCAGACCAUUUAUGAUGACGAGGAUUCACCACCAAGAGUCAUCAAAACAACGACGGUCACCAAACCUGACGGCACCCAGUCAAAGACGUGAGAGGGAACCAUAUUGGAUUCAAAUAUUUUUUAAGUAAAUAAGGAUUCUUUAAAUUUCUUCUUAGUGCUCUUGGAGUAAUUACUGUAUUUUUAAUGGGGUUACCAGAAUGUAAAUAAAGAGGAAAAGAAA